UAGUCUCGUUGAGACAUGAUAAAUAAUUUUACCUAACACUCCGUUAUAAUUAUUGUUGUUGGAUUUAAAAUAAAUCGAAAAACAUGAUAUUUUUUAUAUAAAUAAUUUAAAUCAACUGAUUAAUCUAAUUUCAAAUAAAAACAAAUGGAUUAACUCUAUUUGAAAACAAAAAAAAGAAAAAAAAAAAAAGGUUUAAUUCAAUUUUGUAAAAGUGAUUGACAAGUAUCAAAUUACGUAUAAAAUAAUUUAAUAAACAAGUGUAAAUUUGAUAUAUAUAUAAAUUUAAUAAUGGGAUCUGAGAAUAAAAAUGAAGAUAGUAAAAACAAUGCAACUAGUGAAGAGUCAAAAGCUUCAAUUUACGAAAAUCGUCCAGGAAUGAAAAAAAUUAUUCGUGUAUUAACUGUACUUGCAUAUUUAGUAUCAGUUAGUUUUGUGGCAAUUGUAUUAAGUGGUUAUUAUGUUUUUUUAUGGCAUCCACCAAAUCCAACAAUAACAAUGCAAGCUGCAUUAAAAAGUAGUGAUGUACAUGCUGAAUAUUUAAUUGAUCCAAAACCAUCAAAUAUUAAAUUACAAUUAAAAAAUAAUCAUGAUAUUGUGGAAAAAAUUUAUUUAUUUAAUCAUAAUAUAAAUAAUACAAAUAACAAUGAGACUAAUAAUUUAAAUGAUAAAUUAUUAUUAAAUAAAACAACAACAAUUAAAAAUCAAAAUGAAAAGUUAAUCAAUGGAAAUGAUUGGAAUUCAAGUCGAGUUGAAAUUAAAAAUAUUACUAAAAAAUUUACUAAUGAUUGGAUUGAUGAUACAACAUUUAUAAAUGAUUCAUCAACAAUGAAAAAUAUUAAUAAAUUAAUUGAGCCAUCAAGUAUCAAAGUUACUCUGGAUGAUGACGAUGAUGAUAAGAUACUGUACAAGUCGGACAACAGUAUAUUUCUUGAAAAAUUAAAAGCGAGUUAUUCAUCAUUGAUUGAACCUGAUGAUACACUUAAUGAUUCAACUUCAAAUGGCUUCUUUAAUACUUCACCAACAUCUCCAUCACUCGAUGAUGAUGAUGAAGAUUUUUCUGAUGAUUUAAAUCAUCAGUCAGAUGAUGAUUUUGAUCGUGAAAAUAUUACACAUUGAUUAAUUAUAUUCAUUACAAAUUUCAAAACAUCGAAUGUUUUUGUUAUUUUAUUUUAGAAAAAGAGACAGUUUUAUUUAAUAUAUAUAUAAAAUAAAUUAUAAACAUUGGUUAAUUAAUAAAGCAUGAUAUAACAUAUAUUUUAAUCAUUUAUUUAUUGCAUAUAAUUUUUUAUUAAUAAGUUGGAUAUAUAUAAAAAAAAUCUAAUCGUUUGAUUAUCAAAUAAAUAAAGAAUAAUAUUUUAAAUUA